AUGAGUAAUCUUCGAUCAGGAGCUGUUUCUGACAUUGAAUACCACCAAGUUUUCAAGAAACCCAGAAUUUCUAAUGUUGGGUCAGACUCAAUGAUCGACGAGAGGAGACAUAAACGGUUGCAUUACAAGACCCGAUUGUGCAACAACUUCAACAGGGGCCGUUGCCACUAUGGUGAGGCAUGUCUCUAUGCUCAUGGCGUUCAAGAACUGCGCAACACUUUGGGUAGUUGGGCCAAUGAGAAGGGCAUGUUGGAUAGGCCUGAGUAUGCUCAUCAUGGAGUUUGUGAUACACUUGGACUGUGUAAGAUGUUCUUGAAUCAGGGGAUGUGUGCAUAUGGAGAGAAAUGCCGCUUUCGCCAUGUAACUGAGAAAAGUAUCAGAGACAAGUCAGUGAUGAGCAUUUCAGCUAGUGGGUCUGUCAAUGGUGGUUUCGGUCAGUUUGGGUGCAAGAGGUCUGUGGGUUUGGAUGUUGAUACUAAUGGAGGUAGGCAUUUUAGGCCAGAAAGGUCUGUUGCAGAUGGGAGAGGGAUGCUGAAGGAUACCUGCAUGGCUAGUGGAAGCUUUGCUCAUGGACAUGCUGUGCUAAGGAAGCUUUGUUGCUACACUAUUGUGGGUACUAAACAUUCGAAGACUUGUACUACUUCUGGAGAAGUUCAAGUUAUGGACGGUAAUUUCAACUGGAAUGAACUUGAGAGAAUGAGUCGCAUAUAUGCCGAUUGGAUUGAAGAAUUUCCUCUUGUACACAGGAAGGUGGAGUGCUGAGUUUGAG